CCAGAUGUGAUCAGUAGCAUCAGGCAGUUGUCCAAGGCGGCCAUGAAGGAGGAUUCCAAACCCAGCAAAGACAACGAGGACGCCUUCUACAACUCUCAGAAGUUUGAAGUCCUCUACUGCGGGAGGGUGAUCGUGACCCACAAGAAGGCACCCUCCAGUCUCAUUGAUGACUGCAAGGAGAAGUUCAGCCUGCACGAGCAGCAGCGGCUGAGGCUGCAGGGCGAGAAGGCUGGGGACCCUGGGGAUGAGCUGGGUGUCUUUGAGGCUGAGUCUCCUGUGUCUCCAGAUGACAUCCUGCCUGAGAAGUCAGAUGGUGCGGUCACCAGUCACCAUGCCCUGCCCUCCCUGGCCAGCCAACCCACACUGGCCAGCUCUCGGGUUUGCUUCCCAGAGAGGAUUUUGGAAGACUGUGGUUUUGAUGAGCAGCAGGAGUUCCGAUCGCGGUGCAGCAGCGUCACAGGCGUUAUGCAGAAAAAGGUCCAUGACAACAGCCAGAAACCACAGCCAAGGAGGAGGCACGCAAGCGCGCCCAGUCACGUGCAGCCCUCAGAUUCGGAGAAGAACAGGACCAUGCUCUUCCAGGUCGGCCGUUUUGAGAUUAACCUCAUCAGCCCAGACACUAAAUCGGUCGUGCUGGAGAAGAAUUUCAAAGAUAUUUCCUCUUGUUCUCAGGGAAUAAAGCACGUUGAUCACUUUGGCUUCAUCUGUCGGGAGUCUCCAGAGCCAGGGCUGAGCCAGUACAUCUGUUACGUGUUCCAGUGUGCCAACGAAUCUCUGGUGGAUGAGGUCAUGCUAACUCUGAAGCAAGCUUUCAGCACGGCCGCAGCACUGCAGAGCGCCAAGACCCAGAUCAAGCUGUGCGAGGCCUGCCCCAUGCACUCUUUGCAUAAGCUCUGUGAGAGGAUUGAAGGUCUCUACCCACCGCGAGCCAAACUGGUCAUCCAGAGGCAUCUCUCUUCACUGACCGAUAACGAGCAAGCCGACAUCUUUGAACGCGUUCAGAAAAUGAAGCCCAUCAGUGACCAGGAAGAGAACGAACUUGUGAUCCUGCACCUGCGCCAGCUCUGUGAAGCCAAGCAGAAGACCCACGUGCACAUCGGGGAAGGGCCAGCGGUUGUUCCAAAUAAUACCAUCCCAGAAAAUUCAACAAGUGGCGGGAGGUUCAAGCUUGACAUUCUGAAAAACAAAGCAAAGAGAUCCUUAACUUCCUCUUUGGAAAAUAUCUUCUCCAGGGGAGCUAACCGAAUGAGAGGUCGGCUUGGCAGUGUGGACGGCUUCGAACGGUCCAGCAGUCUGGCUUCAGAGAAGGACUUCUCACCAGGGGACUCGCCUCCCGGGACACCACCAGCCUCCCCGCUGUCCUCUGCCUGGCACACCUUCCCUGAGGAGGAUUCUGACUCUCCACAAUUUCGAAGACGGGCUCACACGUUCAGCCACCCACCUUCAAGUUCAAGGAGGAAGCUGAACUUGCAAGAUGUGAGGGCUCAUGGCCUAAGAUCCCCUCUACUGAGGCAGAGUUCCAGCGAGCAAUGCAGUGAUGGAGAAGGGAGAAAAAGGACCUCAUCCACCUGCAGCAACGAGUCCCUAAAUGCUGGAGGAACCCCUGUCACUCCACGCCGAGUUUCCUGGAGGCAGCGUAUUUUCCUCCGGGUCGCAUCUCCUGUGAACAAGUCCCCAUCAGCAAUGCAGCAGAAAGAUGGACUGGACAGGACUGAGCUGCUCCCGUUAUCCCCUCUUACUCCCACCAUGGAGGAAGAGCCCCUCGUCAUAUUCUUGUCUGGUGAUGAGGACACAGAAAAAGCUGAAGAAAAAAAGAAAUCAAAGGAACUGAAGAGUCUGUGGAAAAAAGCUAUACACCAGCAAAUUCUGUUGCUUAGGAUGGAGAAAGAAAACCAGAAACUGGAAGCAAGAAGAGAUGAACUCCAGUCUAGAAAAGUGAAGUUAGACUAUGAAGAAGUUGGUACCUGUCAGAAGGAAGUCUUAAUAACAUGGGACAAGAAGUUGCUAAAUUGUCGAACUAAGAUCAAAUGCGACAUGGAAGACAUUCAUACAUCCCUUAAAGAAGGGGUCCCCAAAAGUCGACGAGGGGAAAUUUGGCAGUUUCUAGCAUUGCAGUACCGCUUGAGACACAGAUUGCCCAACAAACACCAGCCUCCAGACACCUCCUAUAAGGAACUUCUGAAGCAGCUCACUGCGCAGCAGCAUGCCAUCCUCGUGGAUCUGGGGAGGACAUUUCCCACUCACCCGUACUUUUCAGUACAGCUUGGGGCGGGGCAGCUGUCCCUCUUUAACCUGCUGAAAGCCUACUCCUUGCUGGACAAAGAGGUGGGCUACUGUCAGGGGAUCAGCUUUGUGGCCGGAGUCCUGCUUCUGCACAUGAGCGAGGAGCAAGCUUUUGAAAUGCUGAAGUUCCUUAUGUACGACCUGGGCUUCCGCAAACAGUACCGACCGGAUAUGAUGUCACUUCAGAUCCAGAUGUACCAGCUGUCCAGACUCCUCCAUGACUACCACCGAGAACUCUACAAUCAUCUCGAGGAAAACGAGAUCAGCCCCAGUCUUUAUGCUGCGCCCUGGUUCCUCACACUCUUUGCCUCUCAGUUUCCCUUAGGAUUUGUAGCCAGAGUUUUUGAUAUUAUUUUUCUUCAGGGAACUGAAGUUAUAUUUAAAGUUGCCCUCAGUUUACUGAGCAGCCAGGAGGCACUUAUAAUGGAGUGUGAAAACUUUGAAAAUAUUGUUGAAUUUCUCAAAAACACAUUACCCGAUAUGAAUACCACUGAAAUGGAAAAAAUUAUUACCCAGGUUUUUGAGAUGGAUAUUUCUAAACAGUUACAUGCCUAUGAGGUAGAAUAUCAUGUGCUACAGGAUGAGUUUCUGGAAUCUUCUUAUGCUUGUGAGGAUACUGAAUCCCUGGAGAAGCUGGAGAGAGCCAACAACCAAUUGAAAAGACAGAACAUGGACCUUCUAGAGAAACUCCAGGUAGCCCACGCUAAAAUCCAGGCCUUGGAAUCCAACCUAGAAACUCUUUUGACCAGAGAGACCAAAAUGAAGGCUUUAAUCCGGACCUUGGAACAAGAUAAGAUGGCUUAUCAAAAGACAGUGGAGCAAAUCCGGAAGCUGCUGCCAGCCGAUGCGCUGGCCAACUGUGAAUUGCUGCUGAGAGACCUAACUUACCCCAGUAAUGACAAAGCGAAGACAGGAAAUAAGCCAUAGUUCCAGAGUGGCCUCGGCAUAGAGCUUCCUUACAAUACCUGGAAGGAGGCACCUGUGCACUGCUGGUUUAAGGUCGACCAGAAGUCUGGUGGGAUACCUGCUACUGGUGCUGAGAUCCUCAGUAGGUGAUGUAGCUCUCCUCAGAGCACUCCACUUUGAAGCCAUCACAGACAUCCAGACUGUAUCUUCUUCUGGUUGUUGUCAACUCUGUACAUAAAUAUAUAUAUAUAUAAGUGGACACAAAGAUUCGUGCUUUCCAAUCAAACAGUAGAUAUGUAUUUAGAGCAAUUUUUUUCAGUCAAAUUAAUUUCACACCAAAACGAAGUUCAAGUGAGAUUUCCCUUUGGACACAGGUGGAAUCUCUUUGUUUUUCUAGUGAAACAAAUCUAGAACAUCUUUGUAUAUUGAAAUAUACUUGAAAAAAAAUGAAUGUAUCUUCCCCCCAAAGACUAGCAUGUUUCACUUAGUGUUGUAGAUGGACACAUUUCUGUAGCUUUAUGUGUCUGUCUAUGUAAAGGACAUGACUAGCUGCCAGUCUUGCCCUCGUGAGUCUCUUAGGAUGGUGGGGCCCUUCUGGCCUGCCCCCUGAGUGACAACCAGCAUGUCGAAUCUUCACUUAUCUUGAGUCUGGUUAGGCUUUGCUUGACACACACAGGGACAAAGCAGGACCUUGUGGCUGAGUCCACCCACCUCAAGGUGAAGAGGAAUGUUGCUAAUUUUCUAGCAGGUUAGACCAGCAUUGAUAUUCAAACUGAAAAUAUCAGGCCUCAAAAAUACAAUUAAGCUCCUAAAUUGUCUAUAGUAGCUCUUUGCCAUUUUAUUUAGUUGACUUCAACAGGGGUAAAUAGUUGCUUGGUGCUGUAUUUACCAAGUGACAGGAUUGGUUAUUUUCUCACAAAAUAAUGGGAGCCUUCCAUGGAGUCCUUGUGACCUUCAGUUUAGAAUAGGGAAGUAAAAUUAUGAUUGAUUUUCCAAAGAUGAUAAACCAUGUUGAAUUGCUUUUUUAUGUUUUACUCAAUAACAGAACAAUGUAUUAAUCAUUUUCCCCUUUCAUGUGAAAAUUUAGAACUGUGAAAUGUUUAGGAACGAACUGUGUAAAGCACACUGGAAGGGAAGAGAAAUGUCUCCAGCCCAGUUAAAACUUGCACAAUUCUGUAUUUGGACUCCUGUCUUCUGCCACAUACAGAUAGCUUACUAGAGAAUGUUCAUGCAUACUGGGUACAUUGAUUUUCCCAGAAGAAGUUCGGUUCCUACAGCAGAGAUGACUUUACAAUAGUGCCUAAGAACACGAAGGCAGCAUUUUUGCCUUUCUAAACAGUGUUUAUUGUCACUGCCUUUUGCAGUCCUUGUCCUUUUGCAGAUAGGUUAUUUGGGCAUAAUUUUCCCCAUAGAGAGUUUAUUGUGUGCAAGAUGAAAUUUUAUUCUAGAGAUCAAAAGCCAAGAUGUAAAGAUUUCAGAAGACAUUGGUCAGUAGAUACCAAGUAAAAACCCUUCUGGGCUGUUCCCCAUUUAAAUGUCACAAAUCUUGGGAUCAGGAUGUUAUUGGAUCCAGGAGGUUGCCUCCUCAAACAACCAAGUCUUAUUACUUAGGAGAGUUGAUAUAGCAUCUAGAUUCUAUGGAGUGGUCAUUCUAGAGUCUCCAUUCUGUUGAAAGCCAUUAGAUGAUCAGUUGCUUGAAUCUUCUGAAAAUACCUUCAUGUGUAUCAUCGUCUAUUCUACAAGGAUGAAGGGCAGCGCAGUCUUACUUUCUGAAGAUAGAAAUUGCCUUACGGGUGUGAUGUAAAGGUGGUGGUGGAGAAGGAAAAAUUUUCUUUCUGUUUCUCAGUUAAAAGUAAGCUAUGUUCUGGAUGUUCAAAGUCAGCAAUUAAGUCAAUGUGGAUAUAGUGUUUUCUUGUGAAAAUGACUUUACUUUCUCAAUUAUGGUUUUAAAAAUGUUACACCGGUUCUGCUUUGUCAGUUUACAUCUCCGUCAGGUUCAUGUAAUGUCUAGUUCCUUCUCAAUAAAUAUGUUGCUGCCAUUUCCAGAA